CUACGCGCCCAGGCUGUGAGCAAGAGUCUAGGCCGCCCUGGCCGCCUGGGAGCCCCUGAAGCAGAGUAACUCGCUGGGGCUUUGGGAAGGGGGCGGGCCCAGGACCACGAACACCACCCCUCAACCCUGCCUGGCUUCGCUCCCAGUGGCCUCGGGGGCGCGCAGCCGGGGAGACUGACGCGAAGCCCCCAGCUUUCGUAAGAGCGUGCGCGCGCCCGAGGACGUACGCCAUCGGCGUCGGCUCCCGCCGGCUGGGCGUUCAGUGGCCGGUGUAGCAGAGCGUGAGCGGUGGGCGGCGAGCAGAGGAGCGAACAGGUGGGGGCACGGCACGCGGACGGACCCCCCAAAGGCCGGGAGGAGGCGCGCGAGGCGACCUUUCCUGACCUCCCGGAGAACCCUCCACUCCAUUGUCUCCUGGCCCCACCCUCCAUUGGGCACGCCCUUCACCUUAUCCCCCACCACUUAUUGGCUGCAGGUCACGCUCCUCCUCAAUUUCUGCUUCCCCAUUGGCUCUUCACCUUGUCCUCUCCGGGGCUUCUCGUCGGCACAGGCCACACCCUCUCAUUUGUCACCAGACCCCGCCUUAAUAGUGGGGGGCUCCUCCCCCAUCCAUCCUUCAUUCAUUAUGCACCCAGUGCUGGGUGCUUGGUACACGGGGGUGAAUCAGACCCCGUUCCUGCCUUCGGGGAGUUCAGGGGGUGGUAGGAGGACACGGACCUAGGCUCCGACAGUGACAGCUCUGAGUAAAGAAGUCGCCGAAGCAGUGGGACACUACACGCGGAGAAGGCUUCCUAGAGGAAGUGAGGCCUAAACUGAGCCUUGAAGAAUGAUUAAGUUUGCUCCAGGAAUAUAUUGCAAAGGCACUCUUGGCGGAAGGACCCGAGACGUGAAAAAAACAGGCGUAUUCUGGUAAUUUCGAGGAGGCAACUGAAGCUGCACUGUACCACCUCCCAGAUUGAGUGAGCACAGAGGUUAGAAUCACGAGUAAGGGGCUCAGUCCUUGCCUUCAGGAGCUCAGGCUGAGAGGAUUCCAGUAACCACCAUCUAGAGGUCGACAGUGUGGGGAGUUGGAGUGACCCGGCUGGAUGUGACCCCCAAGACAGAAUGGUGCUGGACUCGGGGGCUCAGGCGUAUGAUCAGGCACCCCCCAGCCCCCCUACCAGUCCCCCAUCCCUGCGCCAUAGGCUGAAGCCCUCAGACCGAGAUGGGCCACCACUGUACCCCUGGUCUCAGUCCCUGGCCUUGCCCCUGGCUCUGGCAGUCCCCCCAGCACUGCAGCCCCAGCCUGAGCAGCAGCCGUUCUCACAGAUGCACCUGGGUCACCGUGGCCACAUGCGUCGCAGUGAGAGCACCUACUCUGUAAAUAGUAUUGGCCGGCAGGGUCGUGGCACCCUGGGACGGCCUCCACUUGGACGGGGACGGAACCCAGGUGGGGGCACCCUGCGGCCUGCAGCCUCCCUGCCUCACAUUGCUAAGACUCAAAGGGAUGCAGGCCAUAUUGCCAGCAAGAGCCCCUGCAUGUUGGUGGCUCUGCGGCCAACCAACAUGGACCGUGAGCGAGACAAGUUCUUCCAGUCCCAUUACACCUACAAUCCACAGUUUGAGUACCAGGAGCCCAUGCCCACGGCUGUGCUGGAGAAGUACUGUGAGGCCUCUGGACAGUUCAUCCAUCAGGCAGUUGGCAUCAUUGAGGCUGUUCUGGAGAAGUUUGGAACCUAUGAACACUUUGAGGCUGCCACUGGGGGGCAGCUGCUCACCAAGUGCCAGAUAUGGUCGAUUGUGCGCAAAUACAUGCAGAAGGAGGGCUGCGUCGGGGAGGUUGUGGUGCAGCUGAGUGAGGACCUGCUGUCCCAGGCAGUGAUGAUGGUGGAGAACAGCCGGCCCACAUUGGCGAUCAACCUGACCGGAGCCCGCCAGUACUGGUUGGAGGGCAUGCUGCGGCAUGAGAUAGGCACCCACUACCUGCGGGGCGUGAACAACGCGCGCCAGCCGUGGCACAACGCGGAGGGCCGGCUGCGGUACGGGCUGCGGCCGGCGAACCCCACGGAGGAGGGCCUGGCCAGCCUGCACAGCGUGCUGUUCCGCAAGCAGCCGUUCCUGUGGCGCGCUGCGCUGCUCUACUACACCAUCCACCGCGCCGCGCGCAUGUCCUUCCGUCAGCUCUUUCAGGACCUGGCGCGCUACGUGCAGGACGCCGACGUGCGCUGGGAGUACUGCGUGCGCGCCAAGCGCGGCCAGACGGACACCUCGCUGCCUGGUUGUUUCAGCAAGGACCAAGUGUACCUGGACGGCAUCGUGCGCAUUCUGCGACAUCGCCAGACCAUCGAUUUCCCGCUGCUGACCUCACUGGGCAAGGUGUCCUAUGAGGAUGUGGACCACCUGCGGCCCCAUGGGGUGCUGGAUAAUACCCGGGUGCCCCACUUCAUGCAGGACUUGGCACGCUACCGGCAGCAGCUGGAGCACAUCAUGGCCACCAACCGGCUGGAUGAGGCGGAGCUGGGUCGCCUGCUACCCGACUGAUGUCCGUUGAGGGCUGCAGAGAGAGGCCCUGGACAGAAGCUCCAGAUAGGCCCCCAGAACAUGAAGCAGUUUGCUCUGUGCUUCCAUGGCCUAGGUGUUUCUUGGGGGUGUUGGGAGGGCAGGAGCAUUCCUUGAGGAGGAGUGGCAACAUCAAAGUGUUUGUGUCCCUUGCCAGCCUCCCUGGGGCCUGGGGACCUGCAGCAGCAUGUCUGGCAAACUGAGUCACCCUCCUGCCUCCAGCUCCCUGUUGAGCAGAGGGAAGGCACGGGGGCAGGAAGAGAGCUGAGCAUUGAUGGGGAUGGGGGUGAUUUGGGAAUAGAAACUUGUCCUUGCAUGAGAUGGCUUUGGUUGUCCAAGUACUCGAGUCUCUCCCUUCCCUCACCUGGCCCCUUGGUGCUCCUUCAGCAUUCGUGCAGUCUACCUCUCACUGGGUCCUGGUGGGGGUCGGGAUCCCUUCUCCUGGGGUGAUUGAUGGCCUGAGCCUGGGGUUCUGGUAGUAGAGACCCAGCUGGUCUGGGGUCUGCUUUCCAACAUUUUGCCUCUCUCACUGGUCAUGUAUUUAUUCCAUAUUUAUAUGGUCUACUUCCUGUGGCUGCCAGCAGCAGCUCCUGAAGGUUCUGUGGGAGGGGGUGGGGGUGGACAGGACACUCCUUCCUGGAAGGCACCAAUUUUCCCAGCCCCACUCCCAUUACACACACACACACACACACACACAGUGAUUCAGGCCUUGAGAGUCAAGCCCAAGAGCUCCCUUGGCCCUGUUCCCCACUCCCUCCACUGGCCUCUGCUGUUCUGUCUUUGCUCACACCCUCACAGCUGGUCUCUGGCAGAAGUUGGCAUAGCCUAGGAGCAGCUGCAAUUGCACCUGAGGGACAGGCCCUAGAGUAUGGUGGCCCAAGUCCUGAACCCCUCUUGGACCAGGUGAGGUGCAGAGGUGGUUGCUGCUUCCAGUUUCCCUUCAGACUUAGCUGUGUGACCCCCACUCCUAUCCUUUGGCCUUAGUUUUCCCAUCUGUAAAACUCAGAAACGCAGUUGGAAAGUCCUUAUUCAUUUAGUAAGCGAAUAUAUUAUAAUAUGGAUAGAGCACCUUUUGUGUAAGUUACUGGUCAGAAUCCUCACUGAGCUCCCAGUCCAGAGGGAAGCCAGACAAUUAAAACAGUAAUGACAA